UGGGGUGCAGCAGCGCACCCGGAGAGGCGGGGUGAUGGGAAACAGUCCUGUCUGCAGCCGGACAGGGAGGAAAGAGUUUCGGAGAUGAAGAGCUGAGGGGAGCAGGCUGAGGUGAUGGAAGGGCUGUGGGAGGCAAAGGUUUGGUUCCUGCUCCCAACACCCCCCCAAGCCCAUCUGACGUGGGGGCUUGGGGUGCCUGGCGCUGGCCGUGGCUCUUAUUCCUGGAGCUGUCAUGGAGGACACGCAGGAGAAGGAAACCAUCACCCCUGAGAGAGCAGAAGAGGCAAAACUGAAGGCCAAAUAUCCCAACCUAGGCCAGAAGCCUGGAGGUUCUGACUUCCUCAUGAAGAGACUGCAGAAAGGGCAAAAAUACUUUGAUUCUGGUGACUACAACAUGGCCAAGGCAAAGAUGAAGAACAAGCAGUUGCCAAGUGCCGGGCCAGACAAGAACCUGGUGACAGGAGACCACAUCCCCACGCCGCAGGACCUCCCGCAGAGAAAAUCCUCGCUUGUAACCAGCAAGCUGGCAGGGUAGCCUGCACUCACAGGCUGGGUUUUUUCCUAUUUUUUUCUUUUGGCUAAAUGGAUUGAACUUCACUGUACCAUAGGGACGGGAGCACCAGAAUCCACAUAGUUAUUUGAGUAUUUACAGCAAACACACACCAAAACUGAGAAGGUGAGCGAGAGGUGUCGGUAGCCCAGGACACACAGGCAGAUCUGUUUGGGUGGUUCCUUUUAGCGAGUCGGUUUGCUGCCUUAAUUUUCAUGCUGUUUGAAACCAUCCUCACUUGCAGAGCGGCUGAAGCGCUGCCUCCUCGCUGGGAGAGUCGAGCGGCCCCGGGAGAAGCAGGGAAGUGCUCGGAGUCGCUCGCUGUUGGCUGGACACUGGAAGGAGGGGAGAGCUCGGAGCUGUGGCGUGUGAAUGCUUUUCAGGCAUCUGGUGUCUGCAGAAGAGGAACCUGUUGGCCAUAAAGUGUGAUACGUGAUCUGGAAGUUUAGUUAAGUGUGUGCAUUAGAGCUUCGAAGUGAAGAAAUUAGCUGAUACGCA